GCUGGGCACCGGCCUUGAAAAGCAAACCCCCUUCUGCUCAGAGAGAACUGCACUGCUCCAGGGUGCACGCUGGUCCAGUGACCCUGGCCAUGCAGUUCACCGAGGCCUGGAGCCACAGCUGGGGCACCACGUCCUGGGACUAUUACUAUUCGGGCUCUGGCUCCCUGGAUCAAAUGGAGCUUUGCCCGGCUUGGGACCUGCCCUAUGGCCACGCCAUCAUCCCUGCGCUCUACCUGGCGGCUUUCACCGUGGGUCUGCCAGGCAACGCCUUCGUGGUGUGGCUGCUGAGCGGGCAGCGCGGGCCCCGGCGACUGGUGGACACCUUCGUGCUGCACCUUGCGACCGCCGACCUGGGCUUCGUGCUCACACUGCCACUGUGGGCCGCGGCGGAGGCCCGGGGCGGCCUCUGGCCCUUCGGCGACAGCCUGUGCAAACUCAGCAGCUUCGCGCUGGCGGCCACACGCUGCGCGGGUGCGCUGCUGCUGGCCGGCCUGAGUGUGGAUCGCUACCUGGCGGUGGGCCGGCCGCUGAGCGCGCGGCCACUGCGGAGCCCGCGCUGUGUGCGAGCCGCGUGCUGCGGCGCCUGGGCUGCGGCGUUCCUGGCCGCUCUGCCCGCCUUGCUCUACCGCGGGCUGCAGCCGAGCCCCGAUGGCGUGGGCAGCCAGUGCGCCGAAGAGUCUUCCGACGCGCUCCAGGGCCUCGGCCUGAUGCUGCUGCUGCUGACCUUCGCGCUGCCUCUGGCUGUCACCCUGGUCUGCUACUGCCGCGUGUCACGCCGCCUGCCGCGCGUGGGGAGAGCCCGGAGCAAUUCGCUGCGCAUCAUCUUCGCCGUGGAAAGCGUCUUCGUUGGCUCCUGGCUGCCCUUCGGCGUCCUGCGCGCAGUCUUCCACCUGGCGCGCCUGCGGGCGCUGCCGCUGCCCUGCGCGCUGCUGCUGGCGCUGCGCUGGGGUCUGGCUAUCGCCACCUGCCUGGCUUUUGUCAACAGCUGCGCGAACCCGGUCAUCUACCUCCUGCUGGACCGUUCGUUCCGUACCCGGGCCCGGUUCGGGGUGUGCACGCGCGCCGGGCGCCAGGUACGCAGGAUCAGCUCAGCAUCCUCGCUCUCCAGAGAUGGCAGCUCGGUGUUCUGGGGCCGGUCCCCAAAGAUGAACUCUGCCUCCGCCUGGUAGCUUUCCCGGGGCGGUGCAGAUGGAGCGGCCGGGCCGCGGACUGUCCAUCAGCUUUCUCAGAGCUGUCUGCUGUUUGAGCAGGCCGAUUGGCGUGGGAAGGGUGGGGGUGUUCCCUUAAUUUUCCCCAGGGCGAGAAAGGCUGUAGACACCCACCUGGAGAAGUGCGGGUUCCUCCGUAGAUGUGAGGGAAGUGGGUUUUCCUCUCUGCUUCAUUUGGUGUAGCUCAACCCAAACAUCCAACCCAGACUCUCAAGGACCCUUCUUGUCCCUGACUAUUCUUGCCCCUGCAAAAGCCUUAGCCCUCUGAGAAAUUUCUUCUCUAGCACUGCCGCCUCAAAAACGUUCGGUAGAACGAGAGGAGGGACUGCUCCCUUCGCUCUGGUCAUCUCCAUAGCUGUAUUGCCUGAAUCCUUUCUCAUCCCCAAGUUGGAUUUUCAUUUUCAAAAGCUCACCAAAGACAUGGGUACCAAUUCCAGUGUGAGCUACCCAAUUUUGUCCUUCCCGCCUGUUCCCUCAGAGUGCCUACCCUUCUGUGGUAAUCCUUUUCCCCUCUGGAGAGGCUGUUCGGGCCCUCCUUCUGAUUGCUGGAAUCUGAAAUUCUCAGCGGGUGUUCAGAUUCCCCGAUCGCUGAGCCAGGGACCCCAGGUUCUUCUGUGAGUUCUCAUCUCAAUAAUAAUAAUAAUAACAAUAAACCAUUUGUUAGCCACA